AGUUGCUGUUCAUCUUUCAAACGUUCAACACGCACCUUCAGUCCGCGGGAUUUCUUCUUAGUUCAAAGAUCUCAGCACUUCUUCUCACGAAAAUCCUCAAUUCUUUUUUUGUGAAUCUAAUGAUGUUUGCUGAAAAUUCUGGAAAAAAUGCGGAAAGUUAAUUAAGAAAAUUGUGCAAAAUAGAAAAUGUUGAAAGUGAAUGGUAGAAAAAAUUGAAAAAAAUAUGUGUAAUAUGUGAUUACUUAAAAAAAAAAGAAAAUUCUUGAAGAGAAUGUGUGUGCAAUAUCUAAGCCAAAUGGACUUGAGUUGAAUUUGUGAGAAGAAUUUCAUUCGCAAAAAUAGGAUUCUCAAGAUAGUGGAAUAAAUCAGGAAUCAUGGAUAUCAAAUGGAUUAUUUUAUAUCUCUUGUGGAUUCUACUGCACCAAGCUGUUAUGAGAGAAGCCUGUGUCUUUCAUUCACGCCUUGGUUACGAGUCAGAAUCCGAGGGAGUGAGAUUUAUCAGGGUGAGAGAAGAUCUUCCAGUUGGAGGUGAAGUUCUCACACUUCGAGCUUAUCCAAGAAAUUCCGUAAUACUAAAGAGCAUGGAUCGAUCAGCAGAUCACCAUUACUUUCGAUUGAGAGAACUCAAUGCUACGACUAUCCAAGUUUUAUUGGAGAAAUCCCUCGAGGAUCUUGUUGAUCGGGAUACACCGCAGAAUCUGAUUAAAUUUAAAAUUCAGUGCAGUAGUGUAUCGGCGCGGAAUGAUGAACAGACGUCUUAUAUGACAAUAACCGUGUACAUUGAGGAUAUCAAUGAUCACUAUCCUAAAUUUAACAAUUUGCCAUAUGCUGUGGCAGUUGAUGAGGCAACUCCUGUGGGAUCGACAAUUUUCCAUGGUGUUUCAGCAUUCGACAGAGAUAAGCCAAAUACACCAAAUUCUGAUGUUCAAUACUCAAUUGGACCUCAAGAAUUUGGUUCAGGAGGUCCCUAUUUUGCUCUCGAGAGUCCCCAUCGACCUUCUGUGGUCCUGAAGAGAUCUCUUGACUAUGAUGAGGGUAUUCGAAUGUUUGAUGUUCUAAUCCUGGCUUCGGAUCGUGGAACUCCCACAAGAACCUCAAAUACCACGCUAAAGGUAAUGGUGAAAGAUCAUGAUGAUCUCCCGCCAAAAUUCACAGAAGGUGUCUAUCGGACGCGAGUCAAUGAAUUUUCUCCACUCACGGGAAAAGCCAUACGAGUUCCUCUGUACUUUAAUCCCCCAAUUAAGGCAUUUGAUCAAGACUCUAUCAAUUCCUCAUUGGUUUAUGAUAUAAUUGCCGGGAAUGAGAGACGUCUCUUCCGCGUAAAUCCCGCCAAUGGGCAACUGUAUCUGGAGAAGGAGAUUGAUCUGGAGGAAGAAAGCCUGCCAGGGAAUACCUUUGUCCUCCAGCUCGAGGCAAGGCAACGUGAUAGCUUACAGAAAAGAGCCGUGGCGAGGAUUGAGGUAGAAAUUGUGGAUGUCAAUGACAAUGCCCCAGAAUUUGAAGUAGAUCUCUACAAUAUUUCCAUUGUGGAAAAUCUCCCAAGUGGCUUCAGUGUCCUCCAGGUGAAUGCAAUUGAUAGGGAUCAGGGUGAAAAUGCUGAAUUCUUCUACAAACUCUCCAAUGAAAAGCCCGAAGGAGCUUUUCUGAUUGAUGCUCGAACUGGAUGGAUUACAGUUCGGGAUCAGUCACUGCUAGAUCGUGAAGUUAGACCAUCGAUAACAAUGAAGGUUCAUGCUGUGGAGAAGAAACUUCCCUUUGAACCGAGAGAGGCAACAGGGGGAAGUGUUCAGGUGGAAAUAACUCUCCUGGAUUCCAAUGACAAUACCCCACAAUUCCAAAUGGGAAACCUCUACGAGUUCAAAAUUAGCCUAGAUGCUCCAGUUGGGUACUUGGUUGGACAUGUUACAGCCAAAGAUCCGGAUGAAGGCAGAAAUGGACUGAUACUCUAUGAUCUCCAGAGACCGAGAGGAAGUGGAGUGAUACCCUUUCAGAUUGAUCCCCAGACAGGAGCUCUUACAGUUUCUGGACAGCUGAGAAGGGGAAGAAUUGCCCUAUUUGUGGAGGCUAGUGAUCAACCGGCAAAUCCCUCAGAGAGGCGCUUUUCCCUAGCUGUUGUGACAAUUGAGAUCCUCAGGGGAUCCUUUGAUGGAUCAAUUGACUUUAUAGGAGCACCCUAUGAGUUCUGGGUUGGGGCUGAUGUUCCUGUGGGUACUUCAGUGGGACAAAUACGGACCACAAUUGACUGGGAUGCUCAGGGAGAGCAAGUGAUGUACGAUCUUCUACAUUCCUAUUCAGAAGGAGUUCCUUUUGCCGUUGAGGAGCGAUCUGGGACUGUAACUGUGAUCAGGGAUCUUGAGGACUUCUCGAGGAAUCUCUAUGAAUUUGAAGCAGUCGCCACUCAUUACAUCUCGGAAAGGACGUACGGAGAACUGAUCAGGAGAUCUUCGAAAUCUCAGAAACAGGUAACGUCCAGCGGAGAAGUGAUUGAAAUUGACGAAGGUGUGAUAUCAGAGAGCAAGAAUGUUCUCGUGACCAAUGUUACAAUCCAUGUGGUGAGUCCGGAUGAUGAGAAAGGGAUCCUAAUGAGAGGCACUAGUGCCGAUCCCAUUGAAUUCCGGGUGCAAGAGAAUCUUGCCGGAGCUCUAAUUGGUCAAUUGGUUUACAAUAAAAAUGCCACACAGAAAAUGAAGAAUUCAGAUCGUGUAACUGUGACCCCCGUAGCGUUGACUUCUGGUCCUCCCCCGACCAGGCGUAAAGAUAGACGCCUGAAUUCGACGAAAUUCGUCAAGAACGCAACGAGUUUCAAUGUAAUCCCCAAGGGGCGGAGACGUCACAGGGAUACAGAAUCUCAGACGAAUUUCUUCGUCGCCGUGGCUCCUUCAAUCUUCUUCGAUGAAGACUACUUGACGCAAGAAAGCACAGUGUACGAAGAUUAUGUUAGGGCUCCAAAGGAUUUCGGAGUUCCAUCAGAAAUGAACUAUGAUGCAACUUUGACUUUCGAUUCGCUCAAAAAUAGCAAACAUCCGGGAUAUUUUGAGAACUUUGAAUCAACGAGAGUUAGGAAUAAUAGUUUUGACAUACCAAAGGGUAUAAGGAAGAGGACUCCAGCUCCUAGGGAAUCCCGUAAGUUUGAACCAGUUAUGACAACAACGGAAGUUCCGGCGUCUACGUAUCGGCCGAGAUUUAGAAAUUCCGGGAAGAACGAUGGGAAGAGUGUGAGUUCAGUCAUUGAAACUUACAAGCAAAUCAGGCAGAAUAAUGAUACGAAUCGGGGAUUGAGGUUCCUGAUUGCAAACCAAAGAGACGUUACUGAUAUGAUCACUAUCACAAAUGAUGGGACUUUGAUGACCCUUAAGGGAUUGGAUCGGGAAGAAAGGGACACAUACAGGUUGACUGUGAUUGCAGAAUAUUCCAAGGGAUUUGUCAACGGAGCUGGAAUCUAUCAAGUCACGGUUUACGUUGAUGACGAAAAUGACAAUCCUCCAAGAUUCAAUCAUGACAACUACAUGGGAUUGAUAACAGAAAAUAGUCCUCUAGGGACAGAAGUUCUCGUGAAUCAUUUGAUCCUGGUCAAGGAUAUCGAUUUGGGCAGAAAUGCCCUGUUCGAUGUGCAUCUGUACGGGGAAGGUAGUCAUCUGUUCCAGGUGGAACUGGUUAAUGGAACUUCCAGGCGUCACAAUAAAACCCUAAUGGCAUCUUUCGAUAGCUUUGCCAGUGCCAUGAAUCUCGAACAGAGUUUCAGUAGUCUGCAGAUGAUGUUUGUGGAUGCCUUUGCAAAACCCCAUCAGAAUGAACCACAUUUUGCGAUUAGCUUCACAGGACCUAGCAUUCUGGACAGAGAACGGGAUAACUUCUACAAUCUCAAAAUGGUGGCCAGGGAUAAAGGUGGACUGAGUUCGGAGGUGAAACUAGGAAUCUUUGUGGCUGAUGUCAAUGACAAUGCUCCAAUGUUUGAGAAAAUAGCCGUAUUCAAGAAUGCAGGGAUUGAGAUUCUUGAGUACACGGAAGAUAUGGAGAUCUACUUUGUUGAGCAGAUGGAAAUGAAAAUGGCCGUUGUUAAGGAAGAGAACAAGACGAGUCCCCUCUACUACAAGCUCAACACUGCUCCGUAUCCAUCAGCCCUGAGGGAUAGCAUGAAGGAAAUGGUGGAUAGGUAUCACAUAGGAACUCCUAGGCACCUCAAAACCAAUUACAAUUACACGAGGUACGAGAAAUAUCAGAGAAGCUUGAAGAGUUCCCGGAAUACAACUAAGAGGCAAGCUAGGAAGGAUAAUAUGAGUACCUCCCCGCUCUUCUCAAUUCUCGAGAGUACUCCCGUAGGGCAACAUCUGAUCAAAAUCACAGCCAAUGAUGAUGAUUUCGAAGCCAAUGCCAGGGUUUACUACGAAAUCGUUUCAGAGAAUUACGCCCUAAAACGACACAAUCCGAGAGUUACUAAAGAACCAAAUGCCAAAUACUUCAGCAUUGAUCGGCUUUCCGGAGAGGUAAAGAUCAAUCGUCCCUUGCCGGCAGAGUCGGAAUUCCGGCUCAAUAUCUCAGCUAAGGAUGUUGGGAAUCUGGCGGACUUUACAGUCAUACGAUUCAGAGUCCUGGAUGUCAACGAUCAUGCUCCGGUCUUUCUUAAAUCCUGGUACACCUUUGACAUUGAGGAGGGAGUCUAUUCGAAUACAAGAGUCGGAAAAGUGGAAGCAAUUGAUGAGGAUUACGGACAAAAUGCCAAUAUAACCUACGCUAUUCAAUCCUCAGAGAAGAUUCCCUUCACAGUUCUCCCAUAUAGCGGCGUUAUAAUCGUUACUGGGGACAUCGAUCGGGAAAUGAAGGGAAUCUAUGAGUUCAAGAUCGUAGCCAUGGAUGGAGCGGAUGAGAAAACUAGGCUUUCAUCCUUCUGCGAGGUGGAAAUAAAUGUACUAGACUUGAAUGAUAACUCACCAGAAUUCACAGGAUACGACGAAAUCUUCUACUCUGACGGUGAUCCUGAAGAUACAGACAGGAAACUUCACAAUCUCUCUCCAGUUGAAUCCAAUCGACAGUCAAACAAUAAACUGCCCGUUUUCAAAGCCUACCUCAAUCGAAACACAGAACCUGGAACUUUCGUCAAGCAGGUCAAUGCAGUAGACAGAGAUUUCACUGGAAAUGGAAAUGGACUGGUAAUGUACUCCCUGCAUCACAAUAAACUGCCAUAUAUGUUUGAGAUUGAUUCCCGGGACGGAAUAAUCACAACUGUGUCCAGAUUUACAAAUUUCCAUGGGUAUGAGCAUCUCAAUCUAACUGUGAUAGCUUCGGAUUUGGGCAGUCCAUCGAGAUCUUCCACAGCCCUGCUCCUGAUUAAUCUCCAAGGGGAAGAUCUUAUGACUGAAGAUGACGAUGAAAAUUACCUCUUUCCGCAUAAGUACUACGAGGUGGAAGUUGUGGAGAACAAUGUAGCUCCAAUGGUCAUCCUGCACGUUAACACUUCAUCCCAGUUUAGUCGGGAUAUCUUCAAGUGGUCAAUUGUCCCAGAGAUGGACGUGCUAAGGAAUGACGAAUUCAUCAUAGACCCAAAUAAUGGAACAAUCUGGCUAACAAAGUCACUGGACAGGGAACACAAAGACGUGUACAAAAUUAAAGUUCGAGCUGAUCGAGUGUCCAGGGAAGGAAGAAAUGCCCCAGCGUCCAUGACUUAUCCUGUAGAUGGAGACAAGCUUAAAGGAUUGAUGUACAAUGAGAUUAGGAUCGUGAUCCGUGUCAUCGAUGAGAACGAUAAUGCUCCGAUGUUUGUGGGCAAUGGACGACCAAUUGUGGCUGUGAUUCCCAACACGGCUAACUUUGGCUUCCCAGUGACACGUGUUCUGGCCACAGAUGCCGAUAUCGGUGUCAAUGCCGAAAUCCGAUAUUCUCUGCUCAAUGAACCAUCGAAACUCUUCAGCAUUGAUCCAGUCACCGGAAGAAUUCGCGUACUGGGGCCAGUCAGCAAAGGUAACCAGAGAGUUUAUGGCUUUGAUGUGAAAGCCACAGAUUCUGCUGGCGGAGACAAUGGCAAGACGACAAUUGCCAACGUCUUUGUCUACAUUCUCGAUGAACAUCGCCAAGUGAGACUCGUUCUUGCUGGGGAUCCAGUUGAAGUGGAGAAGGAAGUUGAUUCACUGACAAAGAGUCUCAGUGAUGCUACUGGGCUGGAUGUCCGUGUGAGGCUUUUGGAACCCCAUACAGGAGAUAAUGAGCAAUCGACCGACGUCUACUUGUACGCUGUUGAUCCCAAAUCAAACUCGGUUAUUGAUAUGGCCGACCUCCAAGAAGCCGUUUCCACAAUUGACAUGUCAACGCUAAUGCCAUCAAUACCAGUCCUGGAAUUGGUCCAGCUCGGCAGUGCUCGAGGCUUAUCGCGUCCCAAUACCCACAUUGGCGCCCUCAAUGGACCCGAAUUGGCGUCAAUCAUUCUGGCUGUCGUCAUCUUUGCCGGAGGCUUGGCCACAGCAUUCUGUAUAGUCUGUGUCCGCUACAAACGCCGUCGAACAUUACCCCCGGAAGCGAGUUAUUCUGUUGGACGCGGAGGCAGCAGUACGCUAAUGACCGGUGCUACUAAGUCCACCACAACUUACACAACAAAUGGCAAGAAAAUGCCACCUCCUCUACCUCCCACUGGACCCAAAUACUACAAUGCCCCAAAUUCCAGAGACCGACAGCGAGAGUACAUCGAUGUUCCUCUACCUCAGUCAGUGCUGAAUGCCAAUUUCAAUAUUCUCGAUCAUGAUACGAGCUGCCUGCGCUUCAAUCAACUGCACAGUGGACACCAUGGCCGAGAUUCGGGACUGGACUUGUCCAGGGAACGCAGUGAGAGUCCAUCGAGGUUGCAGCAGGCUCAGGCAGCAGCCAUGGCUGAUCAGCAGGUUGUGAGAUUGCGGGAUAGGCGUCAGGAUCGGAAGGGAAAGUGCCAAUGUGGGCACAAUGAAUUGAAUGUGUGCAGUGGAGAGGAGAGCAGUGAUAGCUAUGAGGAUUCACUCAAAAAUUGCCAAUUGCCCAGAAGAACAUCCCUGCCCAAGACACACACAUUCCGACGGAGUCUCAAUAAUCCCAUUCCAGGAAGUGCACUUGGUAGAGGAGUCAGGCAUUCUUUCUCAGGAGUGAGAGAUGACCUGAUUCAGGGUUCUCCUGGACCACUUCAGAGGAAUCGCCAUGGCAAUAAUAUUCGCAAUUCCAUGACGGACUUGGAGGAACGGCUGAGGAACCUUGAGAGAACCUUCCGGGAGCCUUUUCUCCUCAACAACAAUUCCCAUUGCUAGCUAGUACUUAGGCAACUUUAGAGACGUGAGACCUCAGACAAUCACCAGAUUGUAACUAAAAUACCUAGAAAAUACCUAAAACAAUGUGUAAAUACUGUAUAAAUGAUCUGAAGAGUUUUAUAAAAAAAAAGAUUUUAUGAAUGAAUGUAAAUAAACCAUUUGCAAUUGAAAGAAAA